GAAAUUUCAAAUUAUGUUGUUUUUUUUCUGACCUCAAAGAGGAUUACAACAGUGUCAAGGCACUGCUGAAUGCCUUGAAGUAUGAUGAGUAUGGCUGGGAGGUCAUCAGAGACUUCAAAAUGAUGGCAUCCCUGAUGGGUCUCCAAGGAGGUUUUACCAAGCGUCCCUGCUAUCUUUGUUUUUGGGACAGCAGGGACACCAAGGCGCACUGCCAAAGGCAGGACUAGCCACAGAGGACAAUGUCAAAAUGCGGAGUUUGCUGUGGGGAGGAACAAUGUCAAGUGAGAGCCAUUGGUGGACCCCCGGAAGGUGCUGCCACUGCACAUCAAAUUGGGAAACAAUCUGUCACAACUCUAGAUAAGGAGUCAGCAGCCUUCAACUACCUUCAAGACUUCUUCCCUAAGCUGUCUGAGGCAAAAGUCAAAGCCAGUGUCUUCAUCAGACCACAGAUAAAGAAGAUCCUGGAGUGCAAGGAAUUCCCCAAGAAACUCACUAGGAAGGAGAAAGCAGCCUGGAACAGCUUUGUCACAGUGGUUCAGGGAUUCCUGAGCAAUCACAAAGCCAAAAACUAUGUGGAGCUCUUUGAGAAUCGGGUGAAGAACUAUGGCACAACAGGCUGCAGGAUGUCUCUCAAUGUCCAUAUACUUGAAGCUCAUCUUGAUAAAUGCAAAGAGAACAUGGGAGUGUACUCAGAGGGGCAAGUGUUUCCGAAAGCUGUGCUGUAAAGGUCCCCCCUCUCCUAGACCAGAGUAUGAUGUGGUAUGUAUUGGACUCAGCGGUGCUGGCAAAACCAGUCUCAUUUCACGGCUCUGCAGCGAAGGUCUUGAUGGAAUUGUACCCACCGCAGGUUUCAGCAUCAAGGCAGUGGCUUUCCCAAAUGCAGUACUGAAUGUGAAGGAACUUGGAGGUGCAGACAAUAUCAAGAAAUACUGGAGCCGCUACUACCAAGGCUCCCAAGGAGUGGUAUUCGUUCUUGACAGUACUGUUUCGGAUGAGGAGAUGGAGACUUGCCGAUCUGAGCUCCAUUUGGCCCUGCAGCACCCUCAGCUCUGCACACUCCCCUUCCUCAUCCUUGCCAACCACCAAGAUUCACCAGCUGCCCGUUCUGUCCCAGAGAUAAAGAAGUAUUUUGAAUUGGAGCCACUGGCAAGAGGGAAGAGAUGGAUCCUUGAGGGCAGCUCAAUAAACAACAUGGAGGCUGUGAGGGAGAGCUUCAGGCAGCUCAUCAGCCUUUUGGAAGAGAAGGAGCUGCAAAGCAUCAGGAUAUGAUUCAGCACACAAGCUCAAAGAAGAAAACCAAAAACAAAAAAAAUAAAACAAUUGUCCACAAAAGAAUUUGUGUAUCUGGGGGACUGUUGUUCAUCUGAAGGAGAUGCAGGGGUGUUUUAUUUUUUACCUCUCCUUCAAAAGAUGUUGUUUUUAAUCACUGAACAGAAAAGACAGACAUUGACCCUUAAACACCAGCCGCACGACUCAUCGCAAACCUUUAGGUCUACGAUCAGAUGUUUUUUGUAACUGAAAAAUCUGGAGUAUUUAAGAGAGUUGUUUUUUUUUUUGUCAAUAGCCAAAUAAUUUUUUUUUUAUCUAAUCAGUAGGCAAUUAAGUAUGUGUAGUGUAAACCAUUAUGUAAUGUAAAGCUUCAAGGUACAACAAGGUACUGCAAUUUACUACUCUGAUGACUCUGUAAACAUUUAAUUUUUUCGUUUAAAAGUAAAGCAUCUUAUGAAUUUCCAAAUGUUUUUAUUUUUGUCAUCGGUUUUAUGCGUAUUGGAGAGUACAUUAAGUUAGUCACUGUUGUGUUUCUCAUUAGUAUGUAUGUAUAUAGGUAUAAUAUUCUCUUUUCUAAGUUGCUCAUAUACAGGCGCCUUUGGUUAUACUGUUAAUUUUGUUUUUUUCCAAAGAUGACACACCCCUUUACUAGGGAAUGCCUGGGCUGUUUCAGGUUUGGUCUGGAAUACAAACUCUAUCAAUCAGUGGCUACAACAGCUGCAUUUGACAAGUCCCUGUCCACUAGUCUAAUGCCUUCCAACUGUCUAUGCGGACCCCUCCCCGUCUGCCACCUCGUUUCCUGGCCUGCCACUUUCUGAGCACCCUAACCCGAUGCUUCCCAACAGUAUUAUCCAAAUUACUCUCUGUAAAUUUAGAUUACUGACUCUCUCCAAUGUGUGAUAUUUUAUGUCUCACAGGUGUCUCAUAAGCCUCUUUAAAGAUCUGCAUCAGAGUUGUUCAGACCUGUGAGUCUUCAUUUCAGCACAGACAUGCUGCACACUGGGCUAUUAAUAGCUCUAACUAUGUCAUGUUAAUGCAAGACAUUUACAUUUUGAUUCUUAUUUUACCCCACAUUCUGAUUAAACAUUUGAUAUAACAUGGCUUACUGAUAAGCAAUCAGGUCCAUCUCACUUUGUUUUAUUGAAUACAUUUUUUUAUGUGUAUCAGAAUGAUUUGUCUGUCAUGAUUUCAGAAAAACACUAUUGGAAUUUUCAACAAGACUAAAAUAUAUGUACACUACAAUAUAUCUUGCACAUGCUUUGCUUUUCUGAUGUUAAUUAGAAGGAAAAAGUCUAGCGAAAACUCUACAACAGUCACUACUGCUUUCUUUCAUGUUAUGUAACCACCAAUUAAUCACCAGUAAUCAUUUUAAAUUUACCCUAUUUGCCCUUUGGAAAUCUUUUCUUCUCAUCACCUUCCCACCAAAACUGAUUGAACCCAAAUUUCCUGGACCUGCAUAGAUAAGAACCUAACCUCCUGAUCUACACUACCUCCGCUGCAUCUUUUUUCUUCCUCUUUCCCUCCCUUUUCAAAUUGCCCAUGUUGCUUUAAUACAAUGUGUGUCACACAGGUUGCCCUAGCGACUCUUUGAUCCAGUUUUCCGCCCUCCCCUACGUCUGUGGCUGACGCGCCUCUCCAGUCUGUUGCCUGAGAAAGACCUGUGCCCCUUUCCCUCUCUCGCUCUCUCUUUCGGUCUGCUUCCCUUUGGUCACGCCGAAAGAGCCCACCCUCAAAGCGGAGGAGGUGCAUCGAGACAGCCUCAACCUGCUGGAGGGAACACACGAGGGCCCUUCUCUUCCCCGGUGAGGCACAGUGUGACCAUGUAAACAGGAUCGUGAGACCCUUACACCAUCAGUUAAUGUUCCCCCAACUUACAAGAAUGCUUAUUUACUUUCUUUAACAUUUCAAAUUGUAGCUAUAUCUACAGAUUUUAUAAAAAGUGGUGGAGAAAACAUCAGCAUUUAUUGAUACUAUAUCUAUGUAUUCUGGAAAUCAUUGUAGCAUGGAUGAUAGGUGGCAUAAUAGUUACAACUGGCUUAAAAACAUUAAAGAACUAAUAUAACACCAAACCCACCAGUGUCAUCUACAUCGAGUCAUCUACAUUUUAACCAAUAUAUCUACAGUCUCAACUCGUAGAGGUCAUACAUAUUUUAUGUAAAUGUCUAUACAUCUAACUUAAUAACAUACAUAGAAUGUUAGGGCAGAAUAAUAUGUAAAAUAUCUAGUCAAUAUUAUUAUCCACACUGAGGAUUAUCAUUAAAACACCCUUCAUGAUGAGCACCACUUGCUUUAACUGUAUUUGCAUUUCAUUUUAUCGCUGGCACCAGCUUUGUCUAGACAGAACUUAUUUUUAGAAGUCACUUUGCAUUUGAAUUCAGCAGCACCAGCGCAGUGAUUUUUCUCUCAUUAGGACCUUUGGAAAUAAGGGAUAGGCAUUUCGCUUUGAUGCCAAUUUAAAGACUUGGGCUCUUUUCCCAGUUGUGUUUACCCAAAGGCAAGGUUACCCCCCUCCCAAAUGUGGCUAUCUGAAAUGGUAAUGUAUGACUCUUGAGGGAAUCUUUCUUUGUUUACAAGAAAAACAAAAAUGGCCUUUUUGAAGAAAUAGUGGCUGUUUUUGCUCUCCCUCCUUCCAUCAGUGCUGUAAUCCCCAGCUUUCACAACCUGUUGAUGGGACUCACCCCUGUGGAAAUGCAACAGAUGUUCCCCUGACAUCCAUCUGGUCCUUGUGAUCCUUUCUCUUCCUUUUUUUUGUAUGAGAUCCUGUUCUUUUCCGUCUUUUUAUGUUUACAGUUUCCUAAGAUGCUUGGCCUUGUUGAGUUUCUGAUCCUUUAUACUGUAAGUGUCCUUUGAAUCACAGGAUUAAAAAUAAGCAAUCAAGACCUUCUCGCCCAAGCCGAUCUUGACAAGAUGUUUUAGAACAAAAGCCAACCAGUAAGCCCUUGUUUGUGUUCACAUAUUUUUGUUGUGAUGCAUGGGGGUGUAUUUACAUGUGACCGGGGUUCAUUUAAAACCGUUUUCCUAAGCAUGCCAGGGUUCCUCAGCAUGGCACCCCCCUCCGGGUAAACCAAACAACAUUUGGGAGGUAUCUGCUGCAGGGGGAAGCACUGAUAACACUGAUAGCACUGAUGUAGGUGACACAAUGAUAACAUUAGUUGUUUACAGCACCUACAGUAUGGAUCGCAGACAGACCACAACACCUUAUGCCCUUUGUACAGUGAUUCUUUCAAGUCUAUAAUACAUGACAGCACGUUAUCCUAGUUAAUCAUGAUUGUAAAACUGUAACAUAUACCAGCUGAAUGAUCUAAACCACAGAAACUGACAACUAAUACUGUAAGGAGCAUAUCUUAAUCAAGAUAUGGAGAUGAUCGAUUUCACAAUGCGUCAGCACCAUAUCAAAGCUAAUUUAAUUGUUAAUAAAAGUUGUGAAUUUAUAAUAAUUAAGUCUAGUUAAAUAUAUCGGUAUGAAGAAAGCAAUAGACAAAAGCAAGAAAUUUGCCAUGAAUGUUUAAUAUUUUCUCUAAAUUUAUGAUGCCACCAAAUAUCAGCACUACCAAGCAUGCUUCAUGCAACCAGUUGCAGAAGUUUGUGUCUGAUUUUGUGGCUGCUUUGUAGAUUGUCAGUCUCACUUCCUGUCUCUCUUUUCCCCUCAACAUGCGACAUGAUGAUGGAGAUGUGCAUCCCAGGUGGCCUCCUCAUCAAAACACAAGAGAUUUGACUUCUUAAUUCGAGCAAACAUCACUCACUCUCUUUGUUUGCCAAAGGAAAAUAUGCGGCAGGCAUUUGUCCCUGGAGAAUUGAUCUUCCCGCGUCACCUACCAAAAACUGGUCUUUGCCUCCUGCCGUCACAGAAAGCUAUCAGUCAAGAGGGUGUGAGUGUGAGGUCUGUUGAAAAAGACUGUCCAGUAGUGGUCAUUACUGCCAUUGUAUAUCACUAAUGCAUGGUGAAAGAUACUCCGACGACUUUGCUCUAGGCUGAUGUCCAGAUACAGAGGAGAAUACUGUAUGAGGCUUUCAGUGUCGUACUUUCCUAAAGUGUUUAAGUGUUUUAAUCAGCAUACAAAUUAACACUAAUUUAAUGUUUGGACUGUAUUGUUUCCUUCUAAAAGGUAUGACCUCUGUCUGCUUUGUGUACAUAUUUUACACUUUCCAUUCUUCUUCCUAUCAUUCCUGUUUAAGUGUGUAGUAACAAUAGUUUAAUGUGAAGUGAAUUUUGAUUUGAGCAUUAACGAAAAGAACAAAUGAAUGGUGUCACAGGGUUACUACAUUUUGUCAUUAAUUGUUGAAAGGUAUGAAAAAAAACAAAAAUGUUUGAAAAAGAAAACCACCUCAGUGUUUCAUAAAGCCAAAGUUUUCAGAAAUAUUGACUGUAUUGCAAUAUUAAUAAACAUUAUUUUUAUUA